CAUUAAAAGAAUGAAACUUCAUUUCUACUUGUUUUUUUUUUUUCUUUUUUGAACUCUCUUCAUCAUUUCUCACAUGUUUCUUUGCCCUUGUUUCUGUGGCUUGACCUGUCUUGCCUUUGGAAUGGGACGUGUCUUUGGAUUUGCAGACCCCAAUGGACCCAUGGUAUAUAAAGGGAUUUACCAUCUAUUCUACCAGUACAACCCCAAAGGUGCAGAUUGGGGUAACAUAGUGUGGGCCCAUUCGACAUCGCCGGAUCUCAUCAAUUGGACACCCCACCCUCCGGCCAUCUACCCGUCUCAAACCGCCGGCGACAUCAACGGUUGCUGGUCCGGAUCCACCACAUUCCUACCCGGGGGAUCGCCCGCCAUUCUCUACACUGGCAUCGACCCGCAAAAUCGCCAAGUCCAAAACCUAGCCGUGCCCAAAACACCCUCGGACCCAUUACUUAUAGAAUGGGUUAAGCUACCCAAAAAUCCAUUAAUGGCACCCACUCUUGAAAACAAAAUAAAUUCCAGCUCAUUUAGGGACCCAACCACUGCUUGGAAAGGCCCUGAUGGGUUAUGGAGGGUUAUAAUUGGAAGCAAAAUUCAUCGCCGGGGAUUAGCAAUUCUGUAUAAGAGCAAGGAUUUUGUUAACUGGAUUUUAUCCGAGCACCCCCUGCAUUUUGCUGAGGGCACCGGAAUGUGGGAGUGCCCUGAUUUUUUCCCUGUUUCAAACCGAGGUGGAUUAGAUACGUCCGCCGUUGGAACGGGGAUUAAACAUGUUCUAAAGUUGAGCUUGGAUGAUACCAAGCAUGACUACUACACCAUUGGGACUUACAACGUUGUUAAGGAUAUCUAUGUCCCGAAUGAAGGAUCCGUGGAUAACGAUACAGGGUUGAGAUAUGAUUACGGAAAGUUCUAUGCUUCGAAAACGUUUUAUGAUAGCGACAAGAAACGGAGGAUCUUGUGGGGUUGGAUUAACGAGUCGUUGCCUCAACCCGAAUAUGUCAAACAAGGGUGGUCUGGACUUCAGGCAAUUCCAAGGAGCAUUUGGCUUGAUAAAUCGGGAAAACAGCUGAUGCAAUGGCCAAUUUCAGAAAUCGAAACGCUACGUGAGAACCAAGUCAACUUGCCAAACAAAGUGCUACAUGGAGGAUCAGUGUUUGAAAUCGCACCCGUCACAGCGGCACAAGCUGAUGUAGAGAUAUCAUUUGAAGGACUAGAAGUUGAUAAAGCAGAAGUGAUGGACCCAAGUUGGACCAACCCGCAAUUAUUGUGCAGCCGAAAGGACUCAUCUGUCAAAGGCGGGCUUGGACCAUUUGGGUUACAGGUUUUGGCUUCAAAGGACUUGAAAGAAUAUACGGCUGUUUUCUUUAGAAUUUUCAAAGGUCAAAACAAGAAGCAUGUGGUUCUUAUGUGCAGUGACCAGAGCAGGUCAUCACUAAAUGAAAAGCCUGACAAGACAACUUAUGGUGCAUUUUUGGAAGUGGAUCCUGUCCUUGAGAAAUUGUCAUUGAGGAGUUUGAUAGAUCACUCAAUAGUGGAAAGCUUUGGUGGAGAAGGAAAGGUAUGCAUCACUGCUAGGGUUUACCCCACCUUGGCUAUUGGUGAGAAGGCCCACUUAUAUGCCUUCAAUCAUGGAAGUGGGAGUGUAAAAAUCUCGAGAUUAAGUGCUUGGAGCAUGAAGAAAGCUAAAAUCAAUUGAACACAUAUAUGGGUGUAA